CGGCGACUAAUUGUACAGCAACGACACCACGACCAAUCGUCAUUAAGCGACAAAGGCUUAUAAUUUUCCCGCGGUAUUCCUAUUUUUACAUUUUCUCUUAAUUGCAUCAAUUAAUUUUGUCAUUACAUCGAUGUCGAUGGAGCGUUCUCUUACGAAUUGCAAUCUGUAUAUAUACUCGUUCCACGAGUUGGAGAACUCAGUAUCAUCGAUAACAUCGUCUACAACUCUUCCAGCAUGAAGAUCACCUACAUGAUCGUUGUUGCGUUCGCUUUGGUCAGCAUCGCGGAGCCAAAAUUGCCACCAAAAAGAAAGGAAAGAAGCGUAACUAUAUUAGGACCAUCUGGUUAUGACUUUCUUGGAAUUGAGCCAAUCUUUUCUACCGAUUCAUGGUCUCCAAACAGUUUUGGACCAAUUCCCUGGAAUGCUGCAAAAGUACCAGAUAUUCCCUUACCGCAAGUUCAGGUCCAAGCGACGCAUGACGUCGCUCUUCAGACGUUAAGGGAACCACCUAGUGGCACACCCAGCGUUGCAUAUCCUCCGGAUGUGCUGAAAGCUAUUCAACAGGCGAAGGAAGCAAAUCAAAAUGUAAAUCGGGCGCAGCAUAAGGUAGCAGAAGCUAAACAAGCUGCCAUUGUUCAGCAGAAGGUUGCUCUGGCUAAGGAAGCUGCGGCAAGGGAAGCUGUGGCGCGAUCGCAAGAAAUUUCGUCUGCUGCUGAAGCUGAAGCUAAAUCGAGCGCAAAACAGUUAGUAGCUUUGCAACAAAGAUUGGCGUCAUUGAAGGAUGCGGUUGCAGCUGCACAGCGGGUUGCCGCAGCAAGGGAAGCAGCUGCGGCUGCUGCCAUUCAGAGAAACGCUGCUGCGACGGCUGCUGAGUUACAGAAACAGGACGUUGACAAACAGAUCAGUCAAAGCGAGCAGGAAGCAAAGGAAAAAGAUAUAAUCGCUGCCAAGGAGGAAGCUGUUGCAAAUGCCGUACGACUCGCGUCAUUAGGAAAAUCGACGCAUCAUCCUUGGGGUCGUUAAACGCUUUCCACGUAAAAUAACCACGAAUGUUUUUUUUCUAUUCUCUGUUAUAGUUACGGUGAUGGUUUAUCUCAUUUCUUAUUCUCGUUACAAAUAAAGUUUGUUUUCUGCAAAACUUAUCGAUUACUUCAACCGGCACAUUGUGAAUAGAAAGUGCGACGUGUGCUUUCACCAACAAAUAUAUUGUACCA